GUAAGUCAAUACGCACAGACUAACCCUAAUGCUUCAAUUGCAGUACACAACACUUGUCCACCUCAGUGUACUCGUGGUCAGCCAUGAGACUGGUACUCCCUAACCCAGGACUGGAUCUCCGGAUCCCUAACCAUGAGGAUCUGGAGAGGAUGGAGAAGGAGGAGGCCGGGGACAGGCCCAAGUGGGACAACAAAGCCCAGUACAUCCUUACCUGUGUGGGCUUCUGCAUUGGGCUCGGUAACGUGUGGCGAUUCCCUUACUUGUGUCAAAGUCAUGGAGGAGGUGCCUUUUUGAUCCCCUACUUGAUCCUGCUGGUGUUGGAAGGAAUGCCCCUCCUGCUGCUGGAGUUUGCCAUCGGCCAGCGUCUCAGGAAAGGUAGCGUAGGAGUGUGGAGGGCCAUCAACCCUUAUCUGACUGGUAUUGGUAUAGCGUCCAUGCUGGUGUCAUUUUUGGUUGGACUGUACUACAACACCUUAAUAGCCUGGAUCAUCUGGUAUCUCUUCAAUUCCUUUCAAAGUCCGCUGCCUUGGGCCCAGUGUCCUCUCAAUGACAACGGGACAGGAUAUGUAUCAGAGUGUCAACGGAGUUCCACGGUGGAUUACUACUUUUAUCGAGUGACUCUGAACAGUUCGGCCUCUAUAGCUGACUCAGGAGGAAUCCACUGGCCUAUAGUAGUCUGCCUGUUAGUUGCAUGGACUGUCGUCGCUAUCUGCUGCAUAAGGGGCAUCAGCACUUCAGGCAAGGCAGUAUAUGUCACAGCCAUCCUGCCUUACAUAGUGCUGGGCAUCUUCCUUAUCCGAGGACUGACUCUUAAAGGCGCCCUGAGUGGAAUAAAGUUCCUGUUCACACCAGACGUUGAUGAGUUGAUUAAUCCAACUACCUGGCUGGAUGCAGGUGCUCAGGUCUUUUAUGCCUUUGGUUUGGCAUGGGGAGGCCUUAUCUCCUUCUCAAGCUACAACCCUGUUCACAACAACUGCAUGCAAGAUGCUGUGAUCCUGUCAGUCGUAACUGGCCUUACCUCGGUCUACGCUGCCGCAGUCACCUACUCCAUCAUUGGCUUCAGGGCCACAGAGAAAUAUGAUAACUGUCUCAGUGAUAACAUCAUGAAAUUAUUAAAUGCAUUUGAGCUUCCUGAAGACAGCAUCACUACGGGCAACUAUGAGGCAGCCUUUAACCAUCUCAACAGCUCCUACCCUAAUAUUGUUCCUGGAUUGGACAUCAAAACCUGCGACAUGCAGAAACUUCUCAGUGAGGGAGUGGAGGGAACAGGUCUGGCCUUCAUUGUAUUUACAGAAGCCAUCACCAAGAUGCCGGGUUCUCCAAUCUGGUCUGUCCUCUUUUUCGUCAUGCUUCUCUGCUUGGGACUCUCAACCCUGUUUGGCAACAUUGAAGGAGUGGUGGUUCCACUGAAAGACCUCAAUGUAUUUCCUAAAAAAUGGCCUCAUGAAGCACUGACUGGAAUAACAUGUGUUGUCGCCUUCAUCAUCUGCCUCCUGUUCACCCAGCACUCAGGGAUUUAUUGGGUAACUCUGUUUGACACCUUCGCCGGAUCUGUUCCACUUCUAACCAUUGGAUUGUUUGAGAUGAUAGCUGUUGUUUACGUCUACGGCAUAGACAGGUUCAAUGCGGACUUGGAGUUCAUGGUCGGACGUAAGCCCUCCAUCUUCUGGCAGGUUACAUGGAGGUUCAUCAGUCCUCUAAUCGUUCUGGUCAUUUUAGUUUUCUACCUGGUGACACAAGCCCAAAAAGAGCUCACAUAUUUAGUCUGGGAUCCCAACUCUGAGAAGUUCCCGUCUCUGGUGUCAGUACCGUAUCCAUCAUGGAUCUACGUGAUCAUCUUUCUUUUGGCAGGAAUCCCCAGUCUAGCAGUUCCUCUGUAUGCUUUAUGUAGGCUGGUCUUUGUUUGCUGUAAGAAGAAAAUAGUACCAAGACAAAACAUUAGUGACUAAAAAAUUUGCCAGAUGUCCUAAACUGUUUACUGAUGCUUUAUUGAUGCACUUCAGAAAGGUGCUGACAUUCUGCUCAUGUUUUGUGCAAAUUCAUUGCUGCUGUGUCAAUAUACUGUACUUCAAUCCAGGUUUUAUACCUGUUUAUCCUUGCCGUUUAAAUCAUUUCUGUCUCUGUGAAAUAUAAUUUUACCUAUGUAACCUCACAACAAAUGACUAAUAAAAUGUAUACUAAAUCUA